AUGGCAGAAAAUGUCAUCCCAGAUGCCAGUCUGGAAUGCUUGGACCACUGUGUUAAGAAGGAGACUGAGACCACUUUCUGCUUCAGCAAGAAAGAGGGCUUUGAACCAGGGAGUGGGACGUGGCUACUCACCAUCCUGAAGCCCCUCACCAUGCCCGACAUCCAGAUCUCAGAGGUGGAUGCACCUUUGGAGAGCAACCAGACACCGAGCCCCACAGACUCCAAGGGCCUGAAGCCCCUGCAGGAAGACACCCCACAGCUGAUGCGCACACGCAGUGACGUGGGUGUGCGUCGCCGUGGCAAUGUGAGGACACCCAGCGACCAGCGGCGAAUCCGACGCCACCGCUUUUCCAUCAAUGGCCAUUUCUACAACCACAAGACGUCGGUGUUCACGCCAGCCUACGGCUCGGUCACUAAUGUUCGCAUCAACAGCACCAUGACCACCCCGCAGGUCCUGAAGCUGCUACUCAAUAAAUUUAAGAUUGAGAAUUCAGCAGAGGAGUUUGCUUUGUACGUGGUCCAUACCAGUGGUGAGAAACAGAAGCUGAAGUCCACCGAUUACCCCCUCAUUGCCCGAAUCCUCCAGGGCCCAUGUGAACAGGUCUCCAAAGUGUUCCUUAUGGAGAAGGACCAGGUGGAGGAAGUCACCUAUGAUGUGGCCCAGUAUAUAAAGUUCGAGAUGCCUGUCCUUAAAAGCUUCAUCCAGAAACUCCAAGAGGAAGAAGAUCGGGAAGUAAAGAAGCUGAUGCGCAAGUACACGGUGCUCCGCCUAAUGAUUCGGCAGAGGCUGGAGGAAAUAGCUGAGACCCCUGCAACAAUCUGAGCCACCGGAACGAGGGGAUCCAGGCACCGCAGGAGCUGCCGUUGACCAACAGGAAGCUGUGCACUUUCUUUCCUUGGAAGUGUUUACAUGCAAACCUCUCUGGCUGUGGACAAGCAGUCAUCUGCUGCCUGCAGCAGGGUGAAGAAACCAGCAGACAGCUCCCCGCCCCUGGAUCCCUGCUCUCCUUUCUUUCACUCCAAGGACUUCUGAUUUUUGUUAUAAGGAGGACCCAAAAUGUGUGUGUGUGUGUGUGUGUAAGUGUGUGUGCACGCACAUGGUAUGUGUCCAUGUGCCUCUCUGAUACUUUCACAUGCAAUUAAAUUCUAAGCAGCCAGCAUAAGUGCUGUGAGGCUGGUGGAUAUGCUGCUCGUGGGCAGGAAAACCAGAAGAGUCACUGAUCUGAGGGGUUUUAGGCUGAAGAAAAGAUUUUUCCCCUCAAAUGCCAGGGAGCAGCCACACAUAUCUGCCCAUGUUUAGAAGGGAAAGGGGAUCCCUCAAGCUCAUCAUUUGGGGGAUUGCUGUGUUAGAGAUUCUCCCUGUAUGCCUAGAAGCAACGGUGAUUGUGACAUCCUCAGAAACUAACAAAAUAACAGCCCCAUCCCCUUGGGACAAGUCUGAUGGAAAGAAAAAGAUAAACCACCAGUGGGGCAGAUGCAAUAAGCCCACGAGUUUUUACACUGGAAACUUUGAUCAUCUUAAGUAACAAAGAUGAAUAUGAUGUUCUUUGUGGAUUCCUGUAAAGAAUGAAUUCAGCCUCUGGCCCCACCUCCAUGGCCACCUCUAGGAGACAGGAGAAGAAGCCGUGUGUUUCUCUUUGUGCAUCAAGCUGUCGACCCAUCUUUCUGGUGCUUCCUUGAGUUGAAGGAAAGAUCUCACGAAACAAAGAUCUCAUUGGUGCACACGUGGAGCUGACUGGCUAGUGUGGCAAGGACCUGGCUUGCUCUGGGAUGGUGGCCAGGAGGUUUCCAAGUCCCCUCCUUAGGGCUGAAGGGAAAUGUUGGAAGUUACCUGCAGAAAUGACAGGUGCCUUCGAGCCCAGCCUCUCUUCACAUCAUCAAGGGUCUUCCUGCACUCAGAGCAUAGGCUGUGUGUUUGAAGUCAAAGCUUUAUUUUUUUCCAUCCUCUGGAUUUGUGCAGGUUGCCCUUACCCUGUGCAUGGAGGUGGACUUCAAGAAUGAGGAUUUGUCCUGCUACUGACAGUGUGAACUCAGGGAAGCUCUCUAGGCUGUUCUGUGAAGGUGCAUCAGGAGGACAGAGCUUCUCUCAGCUUUUCUGAGUAUCCACCAGGUGAUCUUUAGGGCCAACCCCAAUGGGGGAAUGGAGCAGGGACAGUCUAUCCCCUGUGACCCCCAUUGGAAAGAUUGCCAGACAGCUGGACACCAGUGCACUGAUCCACAUUGAGGAGGGACAGAUGGAUGCUUGAUGAGGAUAUCAACCAAGCAAGCCCAGGAACUCCUAACAGCAGGUGUCUCUGAGCCUUGUUGGGGUGGGGCGCCCCCAUCUCUUCUCCACCUCCUCUUCAAGGAAGGUUUGCAGAGCUGGGCAGUCGAGGGAGAGAGAACCUCUGGUCAGUGCCUCCAAAGGAAGGUGGAUCUUUGCAGCAGAGCCAUUCCUGCCCUGGGCACCUCCUGCCCUCCUGUACCUGUGGCCUUCUCCACAGCUUCCUGCGAGACUCACAGCUGUAGUCUCUUGUGGACUUUUGAAAAGCGUGCUGCCACCAAGUCUUUUAGUGAACCUAUCUCC